CAGCUACAAGUCGACCAACAAGCCCAAAGUUCAAAUUUGUCGUUCGACUACAUCAAAAACGGAGUGCCCGAGCACACACACACUGAUCCGUGUCCUCUGUGCGAUGAAGCCAAAGAAGCACUGCAGCCACUCAAACAUAAAUUUGUCCUACGGCAGGUCGACAUCAGUCGUCCGGAGAACCGAGCGUGGCGAGUCAAGUACAAGUGGGACAUUCCCGUCUUCCACCUGAACGGUCGCUUUGUCAUGAAGCACCGCGUGGACGUCAAGUUGCUCAACAAACUGCUGGAUGACCAAUCAUCGAAAAACAAUGAAUGAAUUCACAAAUAAACACGUGAAGAUAAAUUGGUCCA